CGGCGGCGGCGGCGGCGGCAGCGGCAGCGGGGCCGGGAUGAACAGCGGCGGCGGCGGCGGCGGCGGCUUCGGCCUGGGCUUAGGCUUCGGCCUCUUCCCCACGGCGGUGAUUCAGGUGACGAACCUCUCGUCGGCGGUGACCAGCGAGCAGAUGCGGACGCUCUUUUCCUUCCUAGGAGAUAUCGAGGAGCUGCGGCUCUACCCCCCAGACAACACACCUCUUGCUUUUUCCUCCAAAGUAUGUUAUAUUAAGUUUCGUGACCCAUCAAGUGUUGGUGUGGCCCAGCAUCUAACUAACACGGUUUUUAUUGACAGAGCUCUGAUAGUAGUUCCCUGUGCAGAAGGUAAAAUCCCAGAGGAAGCCAAAGCCCUUUCUUUACUGGCUCCUGCUCCAACCAUGACCAGCCUGGUGCCUGGUGCAGGAUUGCUUCCCAUACCGACCUCCAGCCCUCUGACGGCAGUGAGUAGUCUUGGUGUUUCACUUAGCAGUUUGGGAGCCAUACCGGCAGCAGCACUGGACCCCAAUAUUACAACACUUGGAGAGAUCCCACAGCCACCACUUAUGGGAAAUGUGGAUCCUUCAAAAAUUGAUGAAAUUAGGAGAACAGUCUAUGUUGGAAAUUUGAAUUCUCAGACAACGACAGCUGAUCAACUACUUGAAUUUUUUAAACAAGUUGGAGAAGUGAAGUUUGUUCGGAUGGCAGGUGAUGAGACUCAGCCCACUCGGUUUGCUUUUGUGGAAUUUGCAGACCAAAAUUCUGUACCAAGGGCCCUUGCUUUUAAUGGAGUUAUGUUUGGAGACAGGCCACUGAAAAUAAAUCACUCCAACAAUGCAAUAGUAAAGCCUCCUGAGAUGACACCUCAGGCUGCAGCUAAGGAGUUAGAAGAAGUAAUGAAGCGCGUGCGGGAGGCUCAGUCAUUUAUCUCAGCAGCUAUUGAACCAGAGUCUGGAAAGAGCAAUGAAAGGAAAGGCGGUCGAUCCCGUUCGCACACUCGCUCAAAGUCCAGGUCUAGCUCAAAAUCCCACUCUCGAAGGAAGAGGUCGCAGUCCAAGCACAGGAGUAGAUCUCAUAACAGGUCACGUUCAAGGCAGAAAGAUAGACGUAGAUCCAAGAGUCCACAUAAAAAACGCUCUAAGUCUAGGGAGAGGCGGAAAUCAAGGAGUCGUUCACAAAUUUGUUGUUUUUCAAGGGACAAGAGAAAAGAUACUCGAGAAAAGGUGAAGGAAAAGGAAAGAGGGAAGGAGAAGGAGAGAGAGAAGGAGAAGGAUCGUGACAAAGACAAGGAACGGGGUAAAAACAAAGACAAAGAUCGAGAGAAGGAGAAGGACCAUGAAAAGGAUCGAGACAAAGACAAGGAAAAGGAACAAGACAAAGACAAGGAGCGGGAAAAAGACAAAUCCAAAGAGGCCGAUGAGAAGCGGAAGAAGGAUAAGAAGUCCAGAACACCACCCAGAAGUUACAAUGCAUCAAGAAGAUCUCGUAGUACCAGCAGGGAAAGGCGGCGGCGAAGAAGCAGGAGUUCUUCCAGAUCUCCAAGGACAUCAAAGACUAUAAAAAGAAAGUCUUCCAGGUCUCCAUCUCCCAGGGGCCGAAAUAAGAAAGAUAAAAAGAGAGAAAAAGAACGGGACCACAUCGGUGACAGGAGAGAAAGAGAACGUUCCACAUCCACAAAAAAGAGUUCUAAUGAUCGAGACGGGAAGGAAAAGGUGGAGAAGACCAACACACCAGUUAAGAAGGAACACAGUAAAGAAGCAGAUUCAAGUGUGAGCAAAGAUGCAGAGGAGAAGGACUCACCAAGGACUGAGGAAGAAAACCAAGUACAGCAGAAUGGGAAUUGCCAACCAAAUGAAGAGAGCCUCUGCAGCAAAGCCGACGUGGUGUAGGACCACCUACUUACUGCGUCUCUCCCUCCACGGUGGGAUCAAACCCAAAGCUUUCAGUUCGCAACAAGGUGUAAACGGGGAAGAAACCCACAUAUGGGAACGAACAGCUUUUCCGGCUAAGAGGUGACAUUGUGGACAUCUUGUUACUGAGCAUGGACAUCAUGAAAAUAAUCAGAUGUUACCUGAAUUCACCAUCUUCUGAAGUCUGUGCAUUUCCAUGGUGGCUGGCACACUUGUCAUAUGGUCAUUAGUGUUUGCCAAGAAGCGUUGCAAAUAAAUUGAACGUCACAGAUCCAGAAUUGAACUAUCCCUAAAGACUGGAGAUGAGCAUUGGAGGCUCUUAAAGAAAAUGCUAGUUACUGAAUUUUGUAUUGUUUUACUUUUUUAAAAAAAAAUUUUCAAUAUAUACAGUUUGAUGAUGUGCUUGAAAUUUGUGCAAAUAUAUACACACUCUUGUAAAGUGCAAAGUAUGUAAGAAGUUUUAACAUUUACUUCACAGGACUUAACAGUGAUUGUGGUAAAUUCUCACUAUUGUGUUUUCUUUUGCUCACUGUUUCGGACAUCCGUUUUCCUUUCCAACAGUUUUACAGAUUAAACUUGCUUAAAUAAGUGGAAUACAAACCAACUGACAAUGCAUGCUCCUGUUCUCUUUCCAAAGAAGAGCAGCUGUGUCGAGUACUAACCACAACAUGUUAGUAUUCCGUGUUGAGAAUCAUUGGGUCUGCCAUGAAAUGAGCAUUUCUUCUUGAACUUUCUUGACAUUUCCAAGCUCAUGAAUAAUAUUUCAGUGUGUCUUGUCAGCUGUAGGUGGCAAAGAUGCCCUUAUGAAAAAGAAACUGAGUUUUCAAAAUGGGCUAUGGGAGCACAAGCUGAAGCUUUAGUGCCUUCUACAAUGUGUGGUAGACUGUUUUCUAGGGUUUUCUAUGUGCUGGUCAUUCUCGGGCCCUAUGGAAUCCAGAUGGCUGUAUUUUGUUCACAACUGUCGGGAAGUGUGCGAGGGGUGGGUCAGAAGCACUUCUUAGUCAGUUAAGAGAAGGAAGUCUUGUUUACAAGACUCGUGGAGUUUCACACAACAGUGUAGUUUGGGGACCACCAGUUUUAUACUGUGAUGAUUGAAAAGGAGACAUACUUUUACUUCAAAUCAGAGGAAACCUGUUAGUUGACUUCAUUGGAUGGCCUUAAUAUUACCUCGCAAUCAUAUUCUUCUAAUGAUACAGAAAUUGUACUUGCGGAAGGACUAGGGGCAUACAGAGGUGGUUUUGUGUUUAAUGAUAUGCUUAUUCGAGUUUAAGGCACACAGUCAUUCACUGAUCUUAGGCUCAACUUUUCAUAGAAGGUAUGCAAGUAGUAAAAUGAGAACUUAAUGUUUUCUGUAAAACUCUAAAUUCUAGUUAAUGCACUAUUCAUUAUUGUUACAUUUCCCAAAAAAUACCCCUUAAUUCGCAAAUCUUAUUUAAAAGUCAAUUUUAAUUUUAUUUAAUACAACCUAAUACAAUCAGAUUACUCAGUUGCCUUACCUCAUGGGAAGGAUUGCUGUCACAGAUUUAAAGUCAAGUAGUACUUUAGUUACUUGGUUCCAGCUUGAAUCUUGUUUUUAUAUUAAUACUGUUGAAACUUUAAUUUGAAGAGUAGAAAGGCCCGUUCUGUAAGUCAUAAAACCUGGUUCGAUUAUGAAGCUGCUUAAUCAUCUUCAGGUGUUCAAAUUACUGUGUGUAUGUGUGUGUGGGUUUUUUUUUUUUUUUUUGUCACUGUGUACAUUAAACUUUUGGAAAAUACUUUACUAUGUAAAGUAUAGAUGGCCAUUUUAAUCUUUUAGCCACAUACGGUUGGCAAGUAACAGCUUAUUCUGAUACAGAAAUGCUUGGGCACCUGUGGAAAGAUUGUGAAGGAGUGUGUCUCGCUUCAACCGCUGUCUUAUUUAUGAUAUGUAAGUAGACUAGAGCAAAUGUUUGAAUCUUUGUUAUUUUUAGUACCAUUUCUCUAAUAAAGUUCAGUAUUUUAGAGGAAAGAGUCCUCAGUUUCAUCCUGCUCUCAUUUUGUUUGGCACAUGGAGGGUUUUGACAUGGCCAAAGCAGCCUUGUGCAGUGUCUACAACAGCCCUGUAAGAUUAGGUGUUUUCCUGUCCUCUGCACUGUUCAAAUGUUCUCAUGGUGGAAAUGAAUGUUUAUUCCUACCGCUGAUUACUUCUCAAGCAGGUUUUUAUUUUACUCCAAUAACCAUUAAUGUAGAAAAAGGUUUACAAAUUCAAAGUACAGAUUACCUGAGACAGUAAAGUCAGAUGCUGUGGGAUUGGUGUAUGUGUUGUGAGGCACAUAGGGAGGCAGCCACACAUGUUCUUCGGUUUUGUUUGCUGUUUUCUAAUAAGGUACUGUAUUUCUUUCAAGAAUUUUUCUUGUCAGCCAGGCAGUGGUGGUGCAUGCCUUUAAUCCCAGCACUCGGGAGGUAGAGUGAGUUCCUGGACACAGGGCUACAAAGAGAAACCCUGCCUUGAAAAACAAAACAAAACAACCAAAAAAAAAAUCUUUGUCACUCAAGAUCCUGUCAGGGAAACCCGAGGUAGGAUGGGACGAACCCUCCCACUGACUGCCAGUGCGGUGACUCUUUGCCUCCCCCUGGACAGGGUCUGACACUGUCGAUCGAUGGCUUCGUGUGCACAUUGAGCUGUUACAGGCACUGCCUGGGUGGCUUUGCAUGUAGACCGCGCAGGUCCUUAACUUCUGGGACUGUUGACAUAGGUCCCUGUUCCCAUCUCAAUCUAGUGGAUUUAGACUGAAAACACUAAUCGGCCUGUAAUCGCCAUGUUUAGAAUUCUUUUUGGAACAGAUUCAGUGCUUAUUAUGUAUUUAUCUUUAUGUUAAAGGCUUAAAUUUUGGUAUACUCAGUUACAAAUAAAAACCAGUGUUUAUAAUCAAGAUGGUUUAUUAUUUUUUUUGGUCAAGAAAAGUUCCUUUUUAAGAUACUAAUAUUGUUCCUUUGUGUUGCUAUCUUUUAUUUUCAAAUUUAAAAAAGAUUCAACCUUUUAUCUACACCUGCCUUGACCUAUGAGAUGAUUUAAUUUUAAGGGUUAUGGAGCUCACUAAUAGGCUUUAAAGUAUUUUCAAUUUACAGUGCAUUACAGAUGGAGUAGGAUUUCACUUCUUGUUAGUGGGUUAGCAGCCAGCAUUAGUCCUUUGGAAGGGAUGCAUCGGGUAAGGGAGCAUCUGUGAGUCAUUGAAAAGAGGGUUGAACUGAGUGGAUUAUGAAGUGGAGCCAUCCCCACGAUGGAGAAAUGCAGUGCCCGUUCAUUAUGUAUUUCUAUGUUUUCCCACCUUAAUGCUCUCUCAUGUUUACUUGCUAAUAGAUUCUAGAUUUAGUGCUCUCCAAAGGGCUUCAUCCUAUUUCUGGAAGCAGGAGCCUGAUACAAAUGUAACAAAAUAAUCUUUUAAAAUAAAACUUGUUUUCUACGUUGUUUGUA